AUGCCCUUUGUCAUACCAUCACCUUCAUCUCAACAAGAUCCAACUAUUGACGAUGACAUAACAGCCUCGCCGAUUCUUGUUCCUACCGAUAUGGUCGACUUUGCCACCACCACUGGAGAAGGUGGUAACGUUGACGUUGACAGCAACAGCAGCAGCAGCAAUAGCAGUAAUACGAGUGCCACUACCAAUAUCCCACUUUCAUCAACACCCUUUCUGGAUAGCAACAAUGAGGAUGACAAUGAUCCCUUUGCAUUCUUACACCCAUCAUGGUUAUCAAGAACAGAUUCAGAUCCCUAUCGUCGUUACCGAUUACCACGCCCCCCAUCCCCGAUUCAUCAUCAUGCAUCAUCUCGACCCACUAGUACCAAUAGUAGUAGUAGUAGCAGCACUAGCACUAGCAGCAGCAGUAGUAGCAGCAGCACACUACGAAUGCGUCAUCAUCAUCAUCGUCCUAUUUUUCGUUCACUACAACAACAGCUCCUCGCGUCGUCAUCAUCACCAUCAUCACAACGACGUUAUCAUUGGUCUAUCCCUGCCGCCGCCGCAGCAACCUCUUCUUCUUCGAGUAAUCUUACAGCCACCACCUCCGAUGAAACUUCAGCCGCAGAAGCUGUACGUGCUCGUCGUCGUUUAAGGGCAUUCCAUCAACGAGGUUUCCCUACACGCACAUUACGUCGUUCUUCCUAUCGGACUUUGCAAUAUUGCUUGGGCGAUAAUGCAUCAUCCAGCUUUUACAAUGAUGGCAUACGUCGAUCUCGAUCCACCACGCAUGGCCGAUUAGAUUUUUGUGUCGUGAUGGAAGAUGGUGGACGUUACAGCUCGUAUUACAGCGUGGAAAACAUCUUGCGAAACGAUGAUUCUGUUUAUUGCUCCGGUCGUAGUGGCACCAUCAACAUUCUCCUGCAAUAUUGUGGAUCACCUUACACCAACCCCAUUUUUCGUGACAAGAGCUGUGUCAUUUCACGCAUCAUUAUUAAAUCACCACAACACGGAUUCACGGCUCCAUGCAAAGAGGGCAUGUUCUUUGUUUCCCAUGCUCCCAUUGACGUAGAUGCCACCUCCAAAUUCGAUCAUUUUACACGGCGUGAUUAUCAAGAAUACGUGGACAAGAAAGGUGGUCAUGAAAUGCUAGAUGAUUCUGAUCCUGUUGCAUGGUUUUGUAUUUCCGACAAUCGACAAGAUGUGAUCGAGUUGAAUGAUAGAGCUUCUAAAUACGUCUUGAUCAAGUUAAUUCGAGCAGAAAACGAAUCCGAAAACAUCGAUUUGCAACAUGUAGCGUUGAUAGGUUAUUGUGGUGCUAGAGCUUUUGGCAGUGCAAGGCUCUGCUAA